AUGUCCGUGAACCAGGUGGUAGAAGGCUUCAGCCUCACCAACCGCUGCCUCCUCUACACCAGCUUGAUGCUGGCCCCAGCACAGUUCCUCUCCGGCAUCGGCAGCAACUGCCCCAGCAAUCUCGGCUUCCUCGCCUACAACUACUACACACAGAUCGCAUGGUACAAAGCCGUGCGCGACAGAGAGCUCCACGCCCUCUCCCUCCUCCCCGUGCACUUCAACGUCGUCUACGCUCUCACCUACCUCGGCGGCGUCACCUCGGGGGACAUCUACAUGGGCCUGCUGCAGUGCGCCGGCACCGCAGGCGUGCUGGCCCUCAACACCUGCUCGGCCUGGACCAGCUGGAAGACAAAUCUGCCCGAGGGCGACGGGAGCUACCAGUUCUUCUUCUUCGGGUGGCGGACGCUCUCGCCGGGCUGGCGCAAGUUCAUCAUGGUGUGGCAGAUUGGCGACUCGAUCAUCGCGUUCUCUGCGACUCUGUGGGGCUUGUCGAUGUGUAUCAGUGCGAUCACGCUGCAUUGGGAGAGGAAGAUCAAAUGGUGGUACAAGUACGCUGCCAUCCCGGCGGGGGCGCUAGUGAUGAUGUUCUUUGCAUGGCCGCUGGUGAUGUGGACCGAGUUGAUUAUUGCCAGGAACCAUAUUGAGUCGGACACGGAUAUGGUUGCCGUUUGGUUGUUUCUGGCGCAGGUCGUGGCCAUGAUCGUGCCUAGCUGUGGGGGGCGAUUUCGGAAACGAGAAGGGUCGGGGCAUGAGAAUCCUGAGUUAUCCUCGUUUUUUACAGCUGGUCGGAUGCUAGGAGGUUUGUUUCGUGGACCGAAGGGUGAUCAGAAGCCGGAUAUGGUAUCCUCAGGGGCGUAG